CCUCGCCCUUCCAGGGAGGCUGGUCCUUCCUGCUUGUUUCUUGGGGAGUGUUUUUGGAGCGGUGGGGUGUCGUUUGCUUCCAUGGAGGCUGCCUACCGCGUAGCAAAGGGGAUCUUGUUCGUGGCGGGGUUCACGGGCGCGGGGCUUGUGCUUUGGGCCGUGGUCGCGCCGGACGAAGCGCGCAGAAAGGAGAUGGCGAAGGUGGGCGAAAGCUCCAGUCUCCGGGGUUUGAGGUGGAGGUCAGAGGAAGCCACGGUGCACUUGCGGGAAGCCCCGGGCUCAGCCCGUGGCGUUUCCGGCUAAAGGUAGCAGCUGACGAGAAAGGGACCCCAGAGAUCCUGAGAGAGCUGCUGCCAGUCAGAGUAGAGGAUGCUGGCCCCAAUGGGCACAUGUAGUCCUCCCGUGUCUGUCUCUAUAGCCGUAGCUGCAGCUCUCCAGCGGUUUGACUUCACCCUUGAAGGCACCUCUCCUGGAUUUUCUAAACGUCUUUAUUUCUUUCCCCAGGAGUUUGCUGAUGCUACCCCACAGGUGUUGACUGAGCGGCAAAAACAUAACGCCAUGGUAAUGGAGAUCCUGAAAGAGGCAGCGAAGACCGAUGAGAAUGUGGCUCACAAGCCGUGGCCCUGGAAAAAAUAGCAGUGAAGCAAAAAGAGUCUGUGCUGGCUGGACUCUAUUCUAAACUGAGAACUUUGCAGAAGCUGGAUCUAGGAGGACUUUACUGUCUCUUCAAUGGAAAGAUUCUUCUGUUUUUUCUUCAUGCUGUAAGGGUUGCUUUGGUGUAAACAUUGAGCGAUAAAAUUUCCUUUGUACAUCACA